CGCCAAAGUCAAAGCGUGUUUAUACUCUAUCUGUUUCCUUGUUUUAUUUCUACUCUUGGCCUUGAUUCCUCUAUAAAUGGUCUUUCUAGCUGCCAUAUAGCUUUUUUGAUGCGUUUAGUCUGUUUUGGUGAGGAUCCGACUUUUCUGAAAUGCCAGCGCCACGCUCAAAGGUAUGUGACUCAAUAUGAUCAACAGCAUGUUCCAUGUUUUCGUUGUUGACAUUAACUUUCGCCUCCUAGAAUGAUAUUGAGAGCGCUUUUUCUUCAAAAUGAUCUUUCACGAUUGUAUAUCUAUUGAUUGAGAAGCAUUAAGAUCUUAAAGGAAUUGUUUACAUAGACAUAAAAACGUGUUUAAAAUUUUCAAAGUAUUUCAAUGUUGUGGUAUGUCUAAAUGAACCUUCAACUUUCCCACAGUAUGAUCUUUCCUAGAUCGAGAAUUCUGAUUGCUUUACAUUUGAUGUGUAAAAUUAAUCGAACGAACGCUUUUUUUCUCACUAAUUAAAGUUCCUGUAAUUAGAUUGUGUCUGUAGUGAAGUUGAUUUCAUGAUUAGCCUAAUUAAAUUUACAACAGAAAUUAAGCAUAUUGUAUCAUUCUGAAGUGAUGAUGGUGACAUUAGAAAUUUGCAAACUUACUGUUGAAACAUGGAGAAUUUCCAUAUCUCUCUGGAUGUGAGCAUUCAAUGGGUUGUUAUAUUGUUAUUCCUGAGAUCUCUGAAGUACAAGAGAUGACUGCAUGAAGGCAAUUAAAAUUUAAUGUGUGCUCUGUUGUCUAUCUGCUUGCAAUGCAAGUUAAAGAAAAAAAAUUUGUUUUAAGCUUCUCCAUUUUUGAUAAUUAUGGAAAUUUGCACAGCAGCAACUCUCCUUGUUAGAAAAUGUCUCAAAUAAAGAAACCAUCACUUUAUUUUGUACUAUUUUAUUGUACAUUUUUGUAGAGAUGCUGUUUCUUCUUGAGCACUAAUUAGCCUUUGUUUACUACAUUUACCACUUUCAAGGGCUCAAAUAAGGGUCUAUGGCAACAAUGAGCCUUGAAAGACUCAUGUAAUAUGUUUUUAAAGUUUUUGUUUGACAUAAGAAAACUAAUAACAAAACAAUCUACCUUAACUUGAGCAAAAUAUCUUAUUAAAUCUCUUGCAGAGAUAUGAAUCAGAGUAUCUUUCACAUUACAAGCAAUUUGAGGCUAAACGUCCUGAUACAGUGAAGGGUGAAGUGACAAGAUCAGUUACCAACAGCCACAUGAACAGUCAUGGUUCAACGCCAAGGGCAGGCCUACAGUCCAGUAAACUGGGUACUAUCCAUGAACCUCCACUUCAAAGAAAAAGGAUUGUGCCAUAUGAAAAGAACCACAACAUCUUCACAACUUUUACUGUUAAAGAACAGGAUGAUAGAGACUGGUUAAAGUCUGGUGGAGAAUCACGCAAGUCCCAUUCACUUAACAGACAGCAUGAGAAGGUGAGUAAGAGACAGCCUCCUCUGAAGGGCAGAAAAUUGGAAAGAAAACAUUAAUUUGCAAUGCAGAGACUUUAGUUUGGAAUUUCAAGGCAAAGUGGCUGAACUAAUAUAAGGAUGCAGCCCCUUAUCAUUUCCAUUUUAAAUUAUGGCAGUUGAAGAUGCUUUUAUGUUGUUGUUGUUGACAAGAAGAUUUGACACAAAUAUUCAAUGGAGCAUCCAAACUUUUGAAAAGAGUAAUUUCUAUAACUUACCCUCAACAACUUCAAAAAAGGUAAUUUUGCUAGUGACAAUUUUCAAUGGCAUAUAUUUUUGUAUUCAGGGAAAAAGCACAAAGGCUGUACAAAGUUCAGUAUUAAACAGAAGUGAAACGCCAAUCCUUGCAGCUGAGAGAAAGAUGUUUCAUGAUCAAGAGCAGCAUGGAAACAGAAAGCAGCCAGUUUACGUGCCAGACAGAAUCAACAGGAGAAGCACUUACAAACUGGAUUACGUGGACUACAAGAAAAAAUCAAAGUCCCCUAAAAAGAGCAAACCCAGAAAACAGCAGAGUCCACCAAAGAUAGUUGGAGGUAGGAAAGGAGGUAAGGAAAUAUACACUGUACCUGUGAUGGCUGAUGAAAAUGAAACCACAUUCCACCCACAUAUUUCAAGGUUUCUACAUUUUCUAUAUGUGCAUUCAUUUUCUUUAACCCUUUACACUCUAACAUCAGUAUGCAUAUUCUCCAUACCAUCCUUUACACAUUUCCAAAGAGGCUGACAAGGAGAAUUUGUUUAAUAAUCAAGAGCUGCGUCAGUUAGUGAUCAUCUCUUCUAUUCUCAAGACUUUCAGGUUUGAUUCAGAGGUGAUAUAGUAAGGAGAAAUUACAUGCAUUAGUUAUGCUUAGGGGCUUAAGGGUUGAUGAAGCUCGAUUUGAAAAUUAUUAUGAAGAAAUUUUUCAAUGAAUUCAUCCAAAUAUACAUAAAUGGACAUGUAUACGUACUUGUAAUAAUUUGUUUCAUCUAAUAUUAUUACCACUAACUUAAUCCGACAUGAAUUGCAAGACUUUUCCAACUUACCAUACAACACCUACACAUACUCGCAGUUCAUUAGUUACAACAGGGCGUGAAAUUAAUUUUUUUUUCUGAGAGCCACUUGGCUCCUAAAUUCUUCAAAGUGGUAGCCAAUUCAAAAAAAGUUGGUCGCCAUUUUCAAACACAAACAAACCCCUUUUUUUACGCUGUCAUCGUUCUAGAAAUUAAGUUAGGGAAAAGAUCUUUAACGUGCUGCAAAGUGGACAAUAGCAUGGAUAAUAUGCAACGUCCAUCCUAAAUCUAGUUAUCGAUCGAGAGACAUGUGCUGCGUUUUGGAAACAAACUUAAUGAGGAAGUUUGCCGCGGAUUUAUCUUUGCAAAUCUUUUUAAUUUACUAUAUCUCUAGGUAAGGUUAUGAUGAAACAUUCUAGUCGCCAAUUUGGCGACUAAUUUUUAGGAUUUGGUCGCCAAAGUAAAAACUUUAGUCGCAUUGGCGCCUGUAUUAGGCGCAAUUUCACGCCCUGGUUAUUAACAAUAUGUACAUCAUUGAAAUAAAGCCUGUUUAACUCAGUGGCUUUGGACUCUGUUCAGUACAACCAGCAAUUUACUUCGAUUCUUCCUCUCUUUCCAUUCUUUCCAACGGUCACCCCCAUCAAUUUUAUUUAUCACGACAGCUUUUCUUUUUCAACAGAAGUUAGCCCUGAUCGCCUUCCCCCUGCUGGGAUCCGAAGAGCCACAAGUAUUGGUGAUACAAGACUUCUAAGGCCUUCAGAAGACUCCCAGUACCUAAGGUCACCAGAACGCCAACAAAAGUAAUUUGAUUUUUAAUAAUACUUCCCAGCAGAUACCCCGCUGAAGUAGACACCCCACAACUUGCGCAUACCGUAAUCCCCGAUUAAAACUUCAAUAAACAAAACAGUCAAGGGCUCACUUGUUCAAUUUAAAGGGCGGAUAACGCGAUCCAACGGAUAAAUCACUAUCCAGCAGACGAGUGUCAACAAAACGUACUGCACUCUCCAUCGGCUACUGAUUUAUCCACUAAAAAGUGUUAUCCACUUUUCAAAGAACCGGAGCUAGAUCUGAAACAACCUUCAGUGCUGCGCACCCGCAUUUUUUAGAAUUACAGUCAGUUGCUCUAAGUAACGAUUUUAUUCGUUUAUUCUCACUAACUAAGGAUAACGUAGAUUUAGAUUCACUGCUUUUUUUAACUGAGUGUUUUACGAAUUGAGUAUUUGCUUAACUGUAUUAUAAAUUCUCGGCUGUUUCCAAAAAUUAUUGAGUAAUUUACUCAGAAUAAAGAUGGAGAGCAAUGAUGCAAAGCAGAAUUAUAAUGGAUUUUCUUGACUCAUUCCUCCAAUGCGAACGUUCGUAGCUACGGACACCAUGUGGUCUUUCCGAAGAUAUUCGCUGUGACCAGAGAUGACUUCAUAAGUUUUUUCUUUUGUUCAGAGCCUGUAAUUUUAACUUCCUAUGCUUUGCUCCUUCUUUAUGCUCUUUAUUUUCUGAUUCUAGAGUUUUUGACUCAGAGUAUUCAAGCCGCUUUGUUCAGCCAACGAAGUUUAAAUACGUUGAUGGAUUAUGGAUAGAAACUCCAAUCAGCACGGAGGCAACCUAUAACGUAAGGGUAAGUGAAGUACUCAGUAUCGGAAUGAUUGGACCUCUAAGAUAACGUUGCCUGAGGUACUUUAAGCCGCUAAGCCAGGGGGAUGCCUCAAAAUUGAGAGGCGUUAAGCUAAAACCAAACUUUAUCGUAGCUAAGUAGAAAAAGAGAGCAAAAUUAGAGCUCGAUGUAGACGCAACUGCUUUCCCUGAGUUUCAGGGGCGCACCCUUGAGAAACGGAUUAACGAAGCCUACUGCAAGCGCGGGAAAUGCAGAUAAUGCAGAUGCAGAAAUGCAGAUCUGAUUGGUCGAGGAGAUUGCGCCUAUUGCCCAUCAUAACGUGCGAUGAUUGGGGAAAAACUGGUAUAUCUAGGGGUACAGUUAUUUUACUUUCAACGAAACCGCAAAAGUGAUCGGCGCAGUCUUCCUCUUCCACCUCCUCUUUCUUCUUGCAGCUGAUGCGACUGUAGGUCAAAUUUUGCCGUCGCGCCAGGUAAUAACCGCUCAUAACGUAGUCUCUGAGGGGCUAUGGUUGUACUCUGAGUAGGACAUUAACACAUCACAUCUUUCGAUCCGAUCGAGAACUUGAUUUCUUGGAAUUGAGUGUUGUUCUUAAUUAGUUUCUUUUCUUUUCUAGGAUAAACAGAAGGAUACGCCCGAUUGGUUUGAUCAGGUAAAUUCUCUUGACCAGCAGUUCUCUUAUUCAAAUACAUUGACCUUGGAUGUUUAUUUGGUUAUCUUUGUAAUGAUUUACGGCUAAACUUUUAGUAAGAUCUAACGUUCCAUGUAGUUUGUUUAUUGAGAGUCUGAUCAAGUAUUCCAUCUCACAGGUACUUCAUCGUCGUAACGAGGCCUAUGGCUACGCACACAAUGCGCGAGGAACACAUUUCUCUCGCGAGAGCCUAGAUGAAAUCAACAGAGAACAGGCGGAACGUGCGGGUUCUCUUUCCUCAGCUGAGGAAAAGAGCAGAAAUCGUACAGCACACCCACGAUCCCGAGCAAGAAGCAUGUCGCCACCACGAAGACGCGAAGCGUGGACCGAAGAACGCUCUCGCUCUCCGACAGGUUCCGAAGAUAGGCGAGCAGGCUCGGGAAUGGACGCCACAUCUGAUGAUGGGACCGACAUGAUUCUUGAACGAGGUCGAUCUCCGACUCCAGAACUUCGAGAUACCCGAACAUCUCGACGGCACCACCUUGAUGUGACGACUGAUAUCUUGAACGAUAGCUUUGAGAAGUCUGUGUCGCUUUCGAGGAAAAAGAAACCUGCUUCGCGGGGAUACAGCAAGUCCGGCCGGAAUGGGUAUAGCACACCCCCUAGAGAUGAUAGGGAAGCUCGCCCUGCCAGCCCGGCCUCGAGUGUGCGAUUAGGAGAUGAUGCAAGGUCCUUCACACCUCCCCGCAGGGUGGACAUAUCCCCGCCUGAUCCCCGUCAAGUCAGUCCACCGGCUAGCGUCGGGGGUGGUGUGAGAGGAAGAGAUGAUGACGUGUUGUCCGUGUCUGCGAUGUCGAGUCGCGCAUCGACUGCAUCGGAGACACUUGAACGAGCCAGGAAACGGCGAGACGAGUUUUGGAAACGAGAAAACGGUCCUAAAUAAAAAGAUACAACGAAAUCCCAAAAAAAGAUAAAAGUACAAAUGUCUAGUUUUAAUACUUGUUGAAGUAGAGAAAUUCCUCUGUCCGCUAACACUUUAUUUAAAUCCAUAAAUUUAAGUACCUUUUGCCGGUUAAUUUUAAGAAAGUCGUGUCUUUACAAAUCGCACGCAAAUAGGAAAGUCACAUCAGUCUCAGUAAGAAAACGUAAAUUCCUUUUUGUCGCACAUCUUGUAGUCGAAAGAGUUUCCUUCAGUGUUGUUUUUUAUACAUGAUUUUAAACGAUCGGUUUUUUAAUUGUAAGCUUUAAGUAAAAAAAAUUAAAAUAUAAAAAAUAAAGUAAUUCUCAG